UUUCCUCUCUCCCAUCCUUAACUUCGCCAUCCGUUUCGAAACGCAGAGAAGAAGGAAGGAACAAACAGCGAGAGAGCUGACGAAGCAGAACGUACUAACCCUAAUUAAAGAUAUCUGAGGGAAAACGGAAAAUUUCUUUCUGAAUCGGAAUUGGGAGAGGAGUAAUUGUAAAUCUUUCUUUCUUCUCCUUUGUUAGCUCCGUCGAAUUUCGGUUUCCCCGUUACUCGUGCUUUGCUCUUCCGAUUUGGCCGUGAUGUCGGACGCUUACUGUUCGGACUGCAAGCGGCAGACGGAGGUGGUCUUCGAUCACUCGGCGGGGGACACGGUCUGCUCCGAGUGCGGGCUCGUCCUCGAGUCUCACUCCAUCGACGAGACGUCCGAGUGGAGGACCUUCGCCAACGAGUCCGGGGACAACGAUCCCGUCCGUGUCGGUGGCCCGACGAACCCGCUCCUGGCCGACGGCGGGCUGUCCACCGUGAUCGCCAAGCCGAACGGGGCGUCCGGGGAUUUCCUCUCGUCCUCGUUGGGGAGGUGGCAGAACAGGGGGUCCAAUCCUGAUCGGGGGCUGAUUUUGGCGUUCAAAACUAUAGCCACCAUGUCUGAUAGGUUGGGACUUGUUGCAACUAUCAAGGAUCGAGCGAAUGAGAUAUUCAAGAGGGUGGAGGAUCAGAAGUCUAGUAGAGGAAGAAACCAGGACGCCUUACUGGCAGCUUGCCUCUAUAUAGCUUGCCGACAGGAAGACAAGCCUCGCACUGUAAAGGAAAUUUGCUCUGUUGCCAAUGGAGCCACAAAGAAGGAAAUUGGCCGAGCAAAAGAAUACAUAGUGAAACAGCUGGGACUGGAGACAGGCCAGUCAGUUGAAAUGGGAACCAUACAUGCUGGAGACUUCAUGAGGCGGUUCUGUUCUAAUCUUGGUAUGACUAAUCAAGCCAUGAAAGCUGCCCAAGAAUCUGUUCAGAAGUCCGAAGAGUACGAUAUCAGGAGGAGCCCUAUAUCAAUCGCAGCAGCGAUCAUAUAUAUCAUAACGCAGCUUACAGAUGACAAGAAACCCCUCAAAGACAUAUCAGUUGCGACGGGUGUUGCUGAAGGGACAAUCAGGAACUCGUACAAGGAUCUCUAUCCUCACGUGGCGAAGAUAAUACCGGGCUGGUACGCUAAGGAGGAGGAUCUGAAGAACCUAGUCAGUCCAUGAUCCGCCAGCAGCAGUUUGGUCUUGGUAUUCUGUGGCGAUGUGCCCUUUCUGGAAACUGAUCCCUUUCAGUAUUAGGGCUCUGGAAUCGCUCUUCGGAGUUGGGAGUCAUGUCGCCAUGGGAGGGCUUCUUUUGAGAUGUAGAAGAAGAGGUUGAACUUGAUUUUCUUGAACCCCAAGAAAAGAAGGGAAGAAAAAAGAAGAGGCUUGAGGGACAAAAAAAGGAAGGAUAGAUGAGUUUAUUUUUUUGCAGUUCAAUUCACAGACAUGACAUUGGGAGGAAGUAGUACUAGAGGGAUGAAGAUCUGCUCUUUUAUUCAGUUAAUGAAAAUUGGUGU